UUGAAUCUUUGGCUUAGUGUAACUGUAAGUGUGGUUCUGUGCGUGUGAGGACGCUAUUUGUUUUCGGCUUGGUUAAGAGUUUGAGUUGUGCCAUUAUCAAACACCGAAGUGCCUUUUCGGUAAGUGCACACGAAGCUCGAGUGAGAAAUACGUUGAAGUGGCGUUUAGUGCAGUCAGCUGACGUUCGAUUCAAAUAUGAUGGACAUUCGGCCAAGUCACACUAUUUACAUCAACAAUCUGAACGAGAAGAUUAAGAAAGAUGAUUUGAAGAAGUCAUUAUAUGCAAUUUUCUCUCAGUUUGGACAGAUUCUUGACAUCGUUGCAUUGAAAACAUUGAAAAUGCGUGGACAAGCAUUUGUGAUAUUUAAAGAUAUUAGUUCCGCUACAAAUGCGCUUCGUUCUAUGCAAGGUUUUCCAUUUUACGAUAAGCCGAUGCGAAUUCAGUAUUCAAAGACUGACUCAGAUAUCAUUGCUAAGAUGAAAGGUACGUUUGCAGAGAGACCUAAGAAGGCUAAACGUGUUCCGGCAGCUGAGGAAACUCCAGACUCCAAGAAAGCUAAGCGCAAGGCAGCAAAGGAAAAUGCUCGCUUGAUGGGAGCGGGACCAGGAGCAGCGACUGCAGUCCCCGGGGCAGCUGGUGGUGGAGGUUACGGAGCUACUGCCGCUGCACCGCUGUCAGUGUCUACUGCCGUUCCAGAACAACCUCCAAACCAAAUCCUGUUCUUGACCAACUUGCCUGAUGAGACAAGUGAAAUGAUGUUAUCGAUGUUGUUCAAUCAGUUCCCAGGAUUCAAGGAAGUGAGACUGGUACCCAAUCGUCAUGAUAUUGCUUUUGUAGAAUUUGAAAAUGAAUUGCAGAGUGCAGCAGCGAAGGACGCGCUGCAGGGUUUCAAAAUUACUAUGUCACAUGCUAUGAAAAUCUCAUUUGCUAAAAAGUAAUUUUUAUACGUAGUAAAAUGUUUGUAAUACUCCACUGUCAUUUUGUAAGUUGUAUUAAGACGAGCCUUUCAUCAUAGACCUGUAUUGUGAAUUGACAUUAAAUUUUGCCAGGGAUUUGAGGCUUUGGUUUGAUUACCAUAGAUAUGUAAUAUUUUUCAUUGGAAAAAGUGGCAAAAGGGAGUGAGUGUUUGGCUUGUGAUGUUGAAGCUCUAUAAUACUUCAAAAGUGUGUGUGUCAUUUACUGUUCAGGAGAGCAUUGCAGAUUUAUGCAAAAGAGUCAUCUGUGUUCUCGUGUAAUGUGGAAAAUUAAACUUUUGUGCUGGUGCAA